GUGACGAAGCAGAGGGAGAAAACUUGUCCGUUGAGAAGUUCAAACAGGCCAACAAAAAAGCUGGCAAGAAUAUCCAGCGAAUUGCAGCGUUCCUCCUUCCACCGUUCAGAAGGAAAAGAAAAGCAGAAACAUCUGCGAACAUGAACGGAAGCACACCUCAGUUCAUUCACUUUCGCAGAGGCAUUUUCUAAUCGAGCACGCAACACAACGAAGAAGGGACGCCAUGUCUUCUCCUCAGCCCAACGUGACACCGCCCGGGGCGCGCCUCCCUGGCGAAACCUCCUACCUCCGCUCCUCCUUGACCGUCCAACACACACUCGCACUCACCAGCAAACAGCGUGCCAUCAGCGUGGACCUCCUGCAGGCCAUCGCACGUCUCCUGCGCGGCCUCGGCCCUCGUCUGGAGGCAGCUGCUCUGCAGGAGGCGGUGCAGGACCCCGAGGCCAGCGAGUUCGUUUCGGCCGUUACGGCCCACGCGGAGGCGAAUGGGCUGACCGAUGGCGCCAUGACGAGCAGCUUCUCCACUGCUUCGCCUUCGUCCUCUAACGUGGACGGAGGAAGUCGUCCAUCGCUGAGUCCGCUGACGUCGUUCGACGAGGCCCUUGCCACGGUGAAGCUGGCGGCUGUCCUGCGCACCCGAAACACCGCUUCCGCAAAAGCAAAGGAGGACGCCGCCACAACAGCCGCCACCACCGCCAACGGCGCGAGCAGCGUCCGCACAAGACCGUGGCGAGUGAGUUCCGUUAACGUGACCACGUCAACCCCCCUCGACGUGCCGAGUGCCACGCGAUCGCAGCGUUCAUCUUUUGAAAAUGUGCGCCGCCGCAGCAUCCGAAGGGAGUCGAUAGGCAAAGACAUCAGCAUGCGCACCGACCAUCAAGAUAGCUUUGCCUAUCGUUUCCCCCCUGACUGGUUUGCAGCGGCGGCAAUCGAAAGGCUGUCCGGAUCGCACUCCGCCUCCAACCCGUCCACCGCCGACCGAGGUGAGCAUCGCGCAGAGACUCCCCCGCGACUGUGCUCGCUGGCUGAGGGGCACGCCCGGCGCGCCGCGUCCGUGUACCACACACCAACCAUCACGCCUCCUCCUUCGCUAUCGCCGUCAUCGCAUGUCACACGGACGAAAUCGACGCCCGUCACGGUGGCCCGCGUCAGUGCGGAGGCGGCGCCAUCCUUCGUGUCAUCUCCAUCGAAGCCACCCCCUCCACGACCCACCACAGCAGCUGCAACAUCGACCCCAACGAAGGAGCACACACCCCCAAGUACGGGGCCCGCUGCGACGGUAUUUAGGUCACCCACUCCAUUUGCGCCAGCGUUCCCUACGCAGGUGCCGUCACGGCCCAAUUCCCGCAGCGCACCGGAUGAUCGAUGCACCGUCAUCACCGCUCAGCCGCCGCUUUUUGUGGACAACAUGCUGCUCGACCCGUCGAGUGGGGCAUUCUUGUUUGGCGGCCACGCCUUCCGCGAGGAGGCGCGAGUGCUGUACGUUCCACCGGCCCGGUCGAUGAUGGCCAGUGCGACCAUGACAGGCGGAAAUAGCGAGCUGUUAACGAGUGCGACGCAGCCCGGCACCGCUGACCGGGCACCCGACGCCGUUGUCCGCGGCUCCGGUUCCUCUCGUCAUGCAACGCCGGCGGCUCUGCUGCUGGUGCGCGAGUAUUUUCCUGUUUUUCCCCUCUCGGCCUUUAGUGGUUUUAGCGGACGCUCGUCGCCCAGCAUCGAUGCCGGUGCGGCGCCACUGGACGACAUCGUGAUCCAAAGCUUCUCGCUGCUGCCGCAGUGGCUGACACAGGUGCCGCCCAACCGCUAUCAUGUACUCUCCGAGGCCGUCACCAUCGCUUGUGUCUGCCAGGCGCUGCCGGGGUGUGUGACGGUGACCACCCCGCUUUCCCGUUUCCUGCGCGGCGACCGCGCCGUCUCGCUCACGACGGCGUUGCACGGCUCCCAGCAGGCGAGUCAGCUCAUCGGCACCUUCUCCGCCUUUGGCGAUGUGCUGCGUACCGCAGCGGGGGACUACGUGGGCCUCACCUCCCCUCCAUUCCCGCCACUAUCGCCGGGCGGCAGCGCGGUGGACGCUCCGCUGCAGAGCCACAGCUUCGCAGGGGCGGUGACAGACAGCACAGACUUCGCGUCGCCGCCGUGCUUUGCCAUGACCCUCAACCCGGUGUCCCCUGCCUCGCCGGCAGAGGUCGGAAGCGAGGAGGAGGCCCCGCUCAUCACGGCCGUCGCAGAGCGGCUCUCCGCCGUUCCGCCCGACGUCCUCGACGAAUCGCUCACGGCGGUGCGGCACAGUCUCGCGUUUUACGCCGAGUACGUCCUGCGGCGGCAGCGCAUCCGCGACGUCUUGACCGGGGUGCGGGUGCUGCAGCGCUUCUUUCGACGCUGCCUCGCGGUGAAGCGGCGUGCGGUGCGACGGAUGAUGCGCAUUUGGCGGAAGUUGGAGGUGGAGGCGCGGCUGAAGCUGCAGCAGCACCGCACGCUCCCCUCCGCGGUGGAGCGCAUUGACGCGGUGGCGAACAGCAUUUUGCAGGAGCACAUGCUGACCUCGGUGGACUACAAGCGGAAGUUUGUCGAGGACGAGUGGGUGCGGCGACGGGCGGCAUUUGCACAGUGGAAGGAGGAGGAAGAGUGGGACGCGCUUUUUGCGGAGGAGUGGCAGGCACAGACGAUCGAAACAACAGCGCACAUCAGUCAUCGCGACAACAGCGAAGCCGGCGAUGUCGAUGUGGAGGAGAAGGAUGAUGCGAUGGAGAUCGCAACGCCUGAGGAGCCCUGCUGCUCUUCCCCCGCACGUCCUCGCAGUGCGCGUCUGACGGCGAAGGAGGAGCAGCACAUGGAGGACGCCUUUCAGAGGCGCAUUCGGCAGCGGUUGAAGUCACAGCAGACCACCGGUUGUCCAUUGCCCACGCUAUCGACCAAGUCCCCCCUCGUUGCCGCCGGCGUGGCUGCCGUGGAGUCGAAGGCAUCGUCGCCCUCGCUAGCGGAAGCACAGGCGCAACGGUACCAAGGGGCCCUGCGACGUUACUGCAGCUGGUACAUCGACCCUCAUGAACUGCUUUUCUUGAGUCACCAACGGCUGUUGGAAACACUGAAGGGGACGGUGCUGCGCAUGGAGGAGGUGCAGAGCGAAUUGAGCCGUGCUGCGACCGAAGCCGCGGGGGAAGCGACGACGAAAUCGAGCAGCAACGCAUGA